AUGGUGGGCAGCCUGGAUGCCUGGGUCCUCCUUGUGGGGCUGCUACUUGGGGCGGCUUGGUGCCAAGACAACCCAGGGUGCGGGCGUCCAAGCGGGAGCCUGAACCGUAUUGUGGAGGGGCAGGACGCGAGGCCGGGGGAGUUCCCGUGGCAGGUCAGCAUCCGGCGGGACGGGGUCCACCUCUGCGGAGGGUCCCUGGUGGCCCCCCGGUGGGUUGUCACGGCCGCCCACUGCUUUGCCGCGUGCAGGAAUGCAUCCCGCUACCAGGUGCUCCUGGGAGCCACGCAGCUCUCGAACCCGGGCCCCCAGGCCUGUUACAUAAGGGUGGCGCAGGUGGUCACGAACCCGCUCUACGCCGGCGAGGCCUCCAGUGGUGACGUGGCCCUGCUGCACCUGGCCAAGGCUGUGACCUUCACCCGCUACGUCAGCCCCAUCUGCCUCCCGGGCACCGGGGUCCGCUUCCCCCCGGGGCUGAACUGCUGGGUCACCGGCUGGGGCAACCUCCGCUGCUGUGAGGAGGUGCCAGCCCCCCAAGCCCUGCAGAAGCUGGCUGUGCCCAUCAUCGACACCGGGAACUGCAGCGCCAUGUAUGCGACGGACGCCGGCAACAGGCUUCAGCCCCGCCACAUUCGGGAUGACAUGCUCUGCGCUGGCUACGCUGAGGGCAAGAAGGACGCAUGCAAGGGCGAUUCGGGGGGCCCCCUGGUGUGCCCGCUGGGCUCGCAGUGGGCCCUGGCCGGGAUCGUGAGCUGGGGCGAGGGCUGCGGCGUCCGCAACCGCCCAGGGGUCUACACCCGCCUGACGGCCUACCGGGACUGGAUCCGCCGCCACAUCCCCAAGCUGCACUUCAUGGGGGAGCCCGGCCCCGUGCCAAAUCACCGCGUUUCCCCGCCAAAAAAAGAUCUCUCGUCGGCCACGUUCACAUCUCACUUGUCGUGGGACGCGCUCGGGAACCGGAAGAGGCGUUUGCCCUGGUUAACGAGUUAG